AUGUUCUCAUCCGCCUUCAAGUCAUUCUCGUCCAACAUCACAGCCAACUAUGAAAUCUCCAGGCAGUCCUCAUCUACUGUAGGUGUCUGGACCGUCUUCAGCGCCAAGAAGAAAAGUACGGGCGUUGAGGCGUCAGUCUUUGUCUUCGAUCGGAAAGCCUUGGAUGUCGGCAGCAGUGGGUUUGGUCCACGCUCGACCAGUGCCACAUCGCUCCGGAAGGCCCAAGAUGAAGUUAUUGAGCGCCUAAAAAAAGAGGCGAGUAGCCUUGCUCGUCUCCGUCACCCAUCUGUUCUACAGCUCGUUGAACCGGUGGAGGAAACUCGCAAUGGUGGUCUGAUGUUUGCAACCGAAGCAGUGUUGUGUUCUUUAUCCGCUGCCUUGGCACACAAGGAUAGGACUGGUGGGAGAAAUGGGAGAGGUCUUGAAAGGUCCUUGUCUGACGACGGCUCUGCCUCUCGGGCUCUUCAGGAUGUCGAGGUCGACGAGUUGGAAAUCCAAAAGGGUCUUCUACAGGUGGCCAAAGGGUUGGAGUUCUUGCACGACUCCGCAAAACUUGUUCACGGAAACCUGACGCCCGAUGCCAUCAUGAUUAAUGCAAAGUCGGACUGGAAGAUAGCGGGACUUGGGUUUUCUGGGCCGCCGGAUGGAGCAGAAGGACAUCAGCCCGUGCCCCAGAUUUCACUCUCCGAAGCACUCUACCAUGACCCGCGAUUGCCACGCGCGGUACAAAUGGACCUGGACUAUGCGUCUCCUGACUUCGUUCUCGACGCCAACAUCAACUAUCUGGCAGACAUCUUCUCACUUGGUCUGGUCAUCUUGGCCCUGUACAGAAAUCCUCACAGGUCUCCGAUCGAGACCCAUGGCAAUCAAUCAACCUACAAGAAACUCUUCAGCAAUUCCUCGACUGUCCCUUCGAGCGCCAACAAUUAUCUUUGCGAUCAAAAGCUUCCACGCGAACUAAACGUCACAUUGCCACGAAUGCUGACCAGGAGGCCGGCCCAGCGACUGACGGCGAGCGAGUUUCAGCAAUCGGAAUAUUUUGACAACAUACUCGUCAACACCAUUCGGUUUCUGGACGCCUUGCCAGCAAAGACCGCCGUGGAAAAGUCGCAGUUCAUGAAAGGGCUGGGUCGUGUCAUGCCCCAAUUCCCCCCUUCGGUGCUGGAAAAGAAAAUCCUUGGAGUCCUCCUAGACGAGAUGAAAGACCGCGAACUACUGCCGUUGAUCAUGCAGAACAUUUUCCACAUCAUCAAGGUCAUCCCCUCCAGUAAGGAGGUGGUGUCGGACAAAGUGCUGCUACGCAUGAGAGACAUCUUCCUCAGCAAAUCGAAAUCGGAGGAAAGAGACAGCAGCAAGGAAGCCGCUCUACUUACAGUUCUCAGUAACGUCCAGCUGCUUGCCGAUAACUGUUCCGCUAAACAAUUCAAAGACGACAUUCUGCCCAUUAUUCAUGUCGCCAUGGAGUCUUCCACUCACUCCCUCACCGAUGCAGCUUUGCAAAGUUUGCCGGUAGUGAUGCCGCUGAUUGAUUUCUCGACGGUCAAGCAUGAUCUCUUCCCAGUGGUGUCAAGCGUAUUCAGCAAGACAAACAGUCUUAGUAUCAAGGUCCGUGGACUGGAGGCGUUGGGAGUCCUUUGCGGCGUCCCUGGCAGUCGAAUGACCAGUCGUGCCGAUGACUUCUCUGGGGCGGCGGAGGCAGAGACGAAAGACAAGAGCGUGUCAAGCUUGGACAAGUUCACCAUGCAGGAGAAGGUGGUUCCUCUCUUGAAAGCGAUCAAGACCAAAGAGCCUGCCGUCAUGAUGGCUGCACUGAAGGUCUUCCGACAAAUUGGAACCGUGGCGGACAGUGAGUUCCUCGCCCUGGAAGUCAUGCCCAUUCUGUGGACUUUUAGCCUGGGGCCGCUGCUGGAUCUCCCACAAUUCAAGGCCUUCAUGGACGUGAUCAGGUCGAUAUCUGCCAAGAUUGAGAGGGAACAGAUGCGGAAGCUCCAGGAGCUCUUGUCGAGCCGACCCACUGAAUUCCGACCAGCGUCAGUAUCGCAGCCUUCCACCAGCAAUGGUCUGCAGCGAGGAGGUGCGGCCAAUGGUAUGGAAGAUGACUUUGAGAAGCUCGUCCUGGGCAACAAAAACAACGAGAAGAAAGAUGUCUUUGCCGGUGCUUUGGCCGAAGGAGAACGGUUGACGCCGAAUCCCCCGUCCUUUUCGUGGUCCCCCGUCUCGACGACCAACAAGAGUGUUUCCACCCAUCAAGCUCUGUCACCCAUGCCCAUUCCUGCGCUUCAGCCUCGACCGGCGUCGCGCUCCAUUACUCCAGAUGUCAACAUGUCGGCGUUCCCAAGUUUGCAGCCUGCUCCACCAUCUUCUGCCUCGAUCUGGGCAACAUCCUCGCCCGCUCCCACGACGGUACAGAACAAUAACCACAUAUUGCAACCGUCAGGGUACAUGUCCAAUCCACCCACUGCCAUUCCAUCUCCGCCCGUGUCCACCAACGCAUGGCAGCUUCCACCUCCUCCUGGGACGCAGAAUCGACCCACAGUAUUCGUUCCGAGCAUAACGCCGCCAACACUGAGCAACGUACAAAGGAAUGCGUGGCAGCAACCGAACCAGAGUCUUGGAAUGUCCUCCCAGCCAAGGUUUGCCGGAUCGAUGAAUAACAUCUUGCAGCCUCAAAGUGCCCAUCAACAGCCUCCUCAGCAGAAAAAAACGGGAUUGGAUAAAUACGAGUCUCUCAUCUAG